CAGCAGCAGCAACAACAGCAACAGUACAACAGCAGCAGCAGCCAGCAGAGCACACUGAGCAGACGGACCGCCCAGACCCUGGAGGAACGCACCCAGCUAGACGAACUUCUCAGCGACCUCCUCAGCGAGCAGGCCUACGUCUCGCCCACACAGCGCUCUCCUGGCAGUUUCCAGACCGCUGUCCAGUCCCAGCAAGGCCCGUCCUCCCCACCAGGCAGUGGCGGCCCCUCCAGCAUGAGUGGCGCCAAGACAGUGACCACCACCACCCGGACCUUCACCUCCUACUCCAGCACGGACGCGCACCGGAACCCGGACAAAGUGCUGAUUCAGCGGGCCGAAGUAUCCUACAAGGUGCCCGGACAGGGCGAGAAGGUUGACCACUACACCAUCGCCGCUGACCCCUCGCAGACGCUGGACACUGGACGGCCGAGUCAGCAACCCCCUUACCAUCCCAAGGGGGUCCCGAGCAACGCUUUCUCCUACACUACUUUAGUGGAUGGUCACUCUGAGCUGCAGUCCAGCCAACAGAGGUCGGAAGUGAUGGAACACGAGAACAUGCGCAGUGCCAGUUCAGCUCCUGUCCAAUCGCCGCCGCCUUCUCGGCUGCCCUACCGGCCGGACUAUAACGAUGGGAGUCGCUACGACACCACCUCCUCCUCCUUCUCCUACUCCUCCCUGGACGGCGAGAGUAACUCCUGGCUGCAGCAGCAGCAGCAGAAGCUGAAGAACUUCAAGGAGGGACGGGACUCCACAGGCCGCACCGAGCAGGAGAAGCGACUGGUGAAUGAGCUAAGAUUUGCGCAGAAUAAAUAUUACACCCGACGCACUCAAAAUGAGGAGGAUGAGAGGGCUGUCAUGGACUCGUACAACCGUCAGAACUUGCUGCAGAACGGGCCCACCUCCCCAAAUAGGGCUGUCCAGUCGUACGCCCCUCCUCCCCCUCAGAGGUCUCACAGCACCUCGGCAGUGGACGGGCCCUGGACGCCCCAGGACCAGCAGCAGUACAAUACCUACAGCAGUAGCUCGUACACCGAGUCGCGGAGUUACGGCGACAAGCGGUCCAACAAACCGCCACCCUCGCCCACAAUGCAGAGGUCCUUGCCUCCUGCCUCCGUACAGCCGCCUGCUCCCGUCCCGGCUCGCUCGAGCAGCAAGGAGUACAUGCGAACGAGAUCCAACAGCAGCAGCAGCUCUUGGCAACAACAGCAACAGCAACAGCAGCAGCAGCAGCAGCAGCAGGUGUUCGCACAGCGGCCGUUGCAGAGACAGACAAGCGACACGUUGUACGAUAGGAAUCGUGAAGUAGAGCACGUGCAGCCUCGCUCCUAUGGCUCUGUCCACAGCACGCCCCCGCACUCUCCGAGAGCCAUCUCGCCCGCGGGCCCCACCAGCACUACAACAUACACCACCUACCGCACGUUGGACAGACCACCCCAGGAACAGAUGCAACAGGUGCAGAGAGCCCCGCCCCAACAGCAAGCUCCGCCCCCUCAACCUCCACCUCCGCCACCCCCGACACAGGUCAACCACCAUUACAUCACAGAGGUCUUUGUUCACAGGACAGAUCUGAACAAGGACAAGACGGACAGCACAUCCACACGUCUGGACGAGUUGGAGAAGAAUCUGGAGGCAGCUUCCCAGUCCAUCCUGGCUACCCAGCAAGCCCCGCCCCCACAGCCACGCCAGCAGGUGGUGGAGGAGACUGUCCAACAGUCGCGCUCCGAGUCGCGACAGUUCCAGACCUUCGCUGAGACCAAGCCAGAGCCGAGGGUAAAAGAGAUCGAGGAGGACCGGAUUAUGCUCAGACCCAUUGGGCCUGGCAUGCAAACAUUGGAACCGGAGAGCGCACACACAGGAACUCUUGGCCGCCCUACUACACCAGGCUUCCCUACUGCCCCUGCAACCCCUCCCUUCCCCGUGUCGCCCAGGACGCCUUACCAGAACCCAGCUGCUACCCCUGCUACCCCGUCUAGCGUGUUUAGUUCCUCUCAGGGAUCGGUAUUCCAUUACGCGGCUGGCGGGGGAGGUGGUGCUGGUGGUGGUGGUGGUGGUGGCGCCCCCUUGUGCCCGCCCCAACGCCAAUUCUCCCGAGCCUCUGUUGGUCAGCGGGGCUGGGAUUACGACCCCACCUACGCCACAAUCCCGGAAGAUAUGGUGCUCACCUCAGUAGUGGCCCCUCAGAUGAUCAACCAGGUGGGAACUCUGCACACGUUGCCUCUACCGCAGCAGCAGCAGCAGCAGCAGACUAUACAGUACCAGCAGUACAGCCAGUCGCAGCAGUACCAAACCCACUCCAGCCACCACGACGGCCCAGGACAGGGAACUCUGCACAUCGACACCAGCCCCAAGAUGCUGGUGGCGCCACGGAGUCCAUCCAGUCCCCCGUCCCCCGGCAACCUGAACACAUUGAGACAACAGCUAAGCUCUGCCCACUCUAUGUCGGGCUCUGUGGUCAGUCCGGGACCGCACUCGAUGACUGGACAGAGCUCCCCCAGCGUCUACUUUGGCCUGUCCCGACGCGGAAGUCUCUCUUCAUUGGCUGAUUCUGACAUGGUGCAUACCACCCCCAAGUUUGUGAAGGAUACCUCCAAGUACUGGUACAAAGCCAAGAUUUCUCGGGAUGAUGCCAUUCAGAUGCUGAGGGAUAAGCCACCCGGCACGUUUGUCAUCAGAGACAGUAAUUCCUUCCCAGGAGCGUUUGGUCUGGCCCUCAAAGUGGCCACCAUCCCAGCCAACGUGCAGGCCAAGCCGUCAGGCGACCCACAGGCCGACUUGGUGCGGCACUUCCUCAUUGAACCCACACCCAAGGGUGUUCGCUUGAGGGGAUGCAGUAACGAACCUGUCUUUGGUAGCCUUGCUGCAUUGGUGUACCAGCACUCAAUGACCCCACUCGCACUGCCCUGCAAACUGGCUCUUCCUGAAGGAGACGUUGUAGAUGGUCUGAUGACCCCCGAGUCUCCCAUGAGUGCUGUGGAGCUCAACUCUGCCACCACGCUGCUCACCCAGGGGGCUGCCUGCAACGUCAUCUUCAUCAACUCUGUGGACAUGGAAUCCCUGACUGGGCCUCAGGCUGUCGCCAAGGCCGUCAAGAUGACCUUCGACAACUUAGCUCAAGGUCGCACCACCGUUGUUCACUUCAAAGUGUCCAAUCAGGGCAUCACCCUCACAGACAACAACAGGAAGUUGUUCUUCAGAAGGCACUACCCUGUCUCGGCUGUCACUUACUGUGGCAUGGACCCCCAGGACCGACGCUGGAAGCGAGAAAUUGAUGCCCCAGGAGUGCAAGGGGAUGCAAGACUGUUUGGCUUUGUGGCGCGCAAGCAAGGAUCAGCCAAUGAGAAUUCUUGCCACAUCUUUGCCGAACUGGACCCAGAGCAACCAGCGUUCGCAAUAGUCAACUUUGUAACGAAAGUUAUGAUUGGCCAAAGCAAAGUGAAGUCAUAAAGUGAUCUGAUUGGAUAGUUUGAACUGACGUCUGCUUUCAUCAGCCAUCUUCAGUCUAUCAUCGCCUUCAUUCAUAUUCAUACACUUGGUUUUCAUGAACAUGUAUCAUAUUUUCUCUCAUCUAAGACUGGGACUUUUGUAGCAUCUUAUGUUAAUGUGUUCUGUACUAUCAGUACUGUGAACUAUUAUUCAAUUGGUUGUAAUAGUUGUGCGUUUGUUUCCUGGCAAAGAUUGACAUAAAUCCUAUGUAGGAAGUUUUUCACUAAAUUUCAAGGGCAAAGAUGUAUGUGCACAAUACAGUGAGAGAUGUCCUCUGAUUAUAACCCAGUGUAUGUAGACCUGUACAUAACCCCCUUAUUCUAUUUAAGCAAUAACGGCCUUGGUGGUUUCAUGCUGCAGGGCUGCCAUUUUAUCAACAGCUUUUUUAUUACAUGUGUUUUAGCUGUGUAGUCUUGAGAGAAACUCAAAGAUGUGUUCUGACGUCACUUCACGGCUCAGACAUGUAGCAGUCAUAGCUUCGUUGAACACUGUUUUGUUUUUGUUUAGUCUACAAAUGUUUUACUCUCAACCUUUUACCUCUUGCUCGUCAUGUGUUUUAUCUUCGGGGGCAUCGUCCCAUAAAGCUUACGUCUGCUGUUACUGACUUUUUCUGAGACCGUUGAGGAUUGGACCUCUUAGCCCUUCAUCAUUUUUACUCACGCAUCGUAGCAUUGAGAUGUUGUAGCAAAACUAUGGUUAUUGUCUUUUCUACCUGGACUUGCUGUUUAAAAUAUGUGAUGCUGUGAGGGGUAGAAAUAUCUUUAGGGGUUAAAGGGCAUUCAAGCAUAAUGAACUAACAUAAAGACUUUCCUGCGUGGAAGAUUUGCCGUUGCCAAGGUGUUUAUGACUGGCUUUACAGUGAGUUGCUCGCUGUUGCCAUCUCAGUGGUGCAGUUAAUGCAGCUUAAAAGCGGAAGUUUUCAUGGAAAAACUGGAUUAAUGUGUUUUCCUCCGUCAGUCUCUGACAUUGUCUGCACAAGAUGGGAGUCAGGUGGACAUUUUAAAGUGCAUGGUUGCUUCACUCCCUCUUUCAAGACAAUGGAGAGCAACAGAGAAAUGAAAAGGCAUGAGCUGACAGAGCAUAUCUGGAUGAAUAUUUAUAAAAUAAAAUUCUGCUUUCGGCAGUUCACAGUGGUUUUAUUCUUUUGAAAAUGUUUAUAUAUAUUUAUACAUAUACAUAUAUAUAUAUAUAUAUUAGCGUUUACGUCUUACCCAUUAUAUUUGUUUUUCAUAUUCAAUUAGCGGAGAAGAAGUUGUUUAUGUGUUUGAGUUGAGAGAGUUGAAUUGCAGAGAGGUCUGUGUAGAUAUUUCUAUAUGUCUCUCAGUCUGUAGCAUUGUGUCAAGUAGACCAUACCAUAUUCCUCUGAGGGCUGGGCGGUCUCAUUUCGGUCAUUUGUACAAGCCUCGCUGUGGUAAGACAUGGUGACUUUAGUUGUCAUUUCUCAUGUGCAUAACUUAUCUACAUGUCGUGAGACUGAUUGUUCUGUUUCUAUACAUGCAUAGCCGAACUGCUUUUGUGUUGCCUAAUUAGACUUGACAGGCCAUUAUGUUUGAGCAAAUAUUUUGUUCUGAUAUUUUAGAUUUGGUUUAUAACCCUUGACAUAGCAAAAAAGAGGGACAUUACUCGUGUUUAUUUAACCAAUAUGAUUUAUCGGUUGGAGAGUUGUUUAUUUAAAUUAUAAACUGCUCUGUAUUUUGGCCUCCCUUUGUAAGCUUUUGUGGCAGGUGUUUUUCCCAGUAGGCAUGCAUAUGUACCUUGUUUUGUGAUUUUGUUCUGUUUGUUGGUUUGAUUAGUUGUUGUUUUUACAAAGUGAUUUUAUGCCUUUCUUUCUUGUUUUGUUUUAUCUCUUCAUGACUUUUCCUGCGUACCCUGUGCCUGUUUUGAACAAGUGGAACGUAGUGACUACCCAUGUAAACCUACCCUCCCCGCUCCCCCAACCUCUUUUCUGCCUUGUUGAAUUUUAAAGUUCCUAUCGUUCGUCUUACCAUAGUUUAUUAUACUGGAUUGUGUUUUAAGUUUUGUUUGAUUUGUAUGUUGUUUUUUUUAAGGCUGUGGAGAAGUGUGACCUGAGUAGAAUUGUGUGGUCCAGGCUGGCUGGAGUCACUGUAGCUAGAAUAAUUUUGCUGCACGUCUGACAAGGUCUUUCUGCGUGCCUUUUCAUUAAAGUUCUUUGGUCUUGUACUCAGAGCAAAUGUUUGUUGUGUGUCUCCUGUUGUCAAUGUUCAUCCAGCUGUAUUGUUUGAUCCUGUUUGUUUACUUUUUCAAGUUCGGGGUUUGUCCUCUGUACGCAUGAAUUCAUGGGAUGAAACUGGCAGCGAAAUAGUAUGUGUUGUUUCCUGAUCCUCUCGUCCCCAGUUUUCUUAUUUUACUUUGUGCUUCUGAAUUCCUACCUUUUUGGUUGAGAAAUGUUCCUCUUGGGCGAAUGCAUGAAUGUCUCUUGUAUGCAAGUUUCAUGUCCAGUCUCCACACAUUCUUGGUGCUAACUGUCCUCCCGGACAGACGUUCAACUUGCUUUGCAGCUGUUUCAUCAUCUAUCCUUGUUGGCUUCUCUGGGGUUGGGUCUAUGUUAACUCAACAGUCUGCAUGGGAUGUCUUCUGUGUGCUGAGUUUAUUAUAUUUUUUUGUGUUCUUCUUGUGUUCUUGGACUUUGAAUUGUUCGGUUUUGUUUUCCCCUUAGAAUUACUUCUUAUAAAUAGAAAUCGUUGUUCUGAAAUGUCCUUGAACUUUAGGAGGACUCGAGCUGAAAGAUUGGCAUAGAUGAAAGUAUAAGACCUGUUUAUGGAUGAACGGAAUUAAUUAUGAGCAAAUAGUUAUACCUAUCAGUUUUAUUAUCUGCAGUUUAAACACCAGUUGUUUUAUAUUUGUUCUUAAGAAUUUCGAGUACAAUAAUAAUGUGACUGCUCGAAUUUGAAGCUUUACUGUGUGAGCAAAUGUGGUCUUAAAAGUUUCGAAGGAGCUCCUGCACAGUACAAAAGUGGAGACCUGUAAAUGAGUGGCACACUCGGAGAUAUUUGAUGUAGAAUCUAUUUGAAAAAAAUUGACCCUUUCUAGAGAUGUAUAUUUUGUUUUUCUUGUUCAGAAUCAGCAUCACAAGCUCCCCCAUACAGAAGUUAUUCGCAUUACUACUAUUAGGCAGUAGAGGACUUGAGAUAUAAGCAAAUUUUCAUAAAGCAUAUUAUUAUUAUUAUAAUAAUUAUUAUAAUUCUAUCUGUAAAGUUUUGUAUUGCUCUUUUACCAAGUAAUAGUGCAUGGGUUUUUCAUGUAUUCAUCUCAUUGUAUAAACGUUCUGCUCUUCUUGGCUGUCUGUGACACGAAUUGUACAUAUAACGUUCGACAACUUCUCAUGUUGCAUUCUGUUGUGGAGGUAGAAAAAGCCUUGUUUCAUUACUUUCGAGUAGAUAGAAUCAUAAUGCACUGUUACCAGAAAUUAUUGCAAAAUAGGUGCCUUGAUUUCAUAAGUGCUGAAACCGAUAAUUUUAUUAGAUUAUGUAAACGUUUCCAUUUUUUCCUCAAUUUUCUUUUUUGGGCUAGCAAUGUUUAUUUUCUUUUCAGGCAGAUGAACUGAGGAAAUAAUAACGACGACAAUUUAUGAAAUUCCAAUUUUGAUUUAUCAGAAGCUUUAACAGCAUCAACGACAUCCACAAACAAGGUCGUUUGGAUACUUUUCUUUGCUGUGGCCACAGUUGCUCUUGGGGAUUGAACCCCUGCCUCGUUGUUGGCAGAACAAGCCCAGUGGGUACACGUGAACAGUCAUCCCAGAAGUGCUGGUAUGUUGUCAACUCCUGGUUCACCCAACAAGACCAUUGGUCAAGGGCACGAUCAUCAUCCCCCGAAGGACAUUACCAGCGACUUAGAGCACUUCCAAGAUCCACGACUUUUGCUUCACUAUUUUCAACUUAUAUCAUGCCCCUUUCAACUGCUAGUAAAAUUGUCUUAAUAAACUAUGUUUAUGCAUGCAAGUG